GGAACGAGGCGCGGCAUCGUCCCGCGGUCCCUGCCCUGGGGACUCUGACCCCGUGGGCCGGCGAGGGGAGCUGAGGCAGGCGGUGACGAGCAGCCCCACAGCCACGGAGCUAGCAAGGAGCUGAACAGCAUGGAUCCCACUUUGGAGCUGGCAGAUGACCCUAGGUUCUCCCGCCCUUUGGUGGAGAUGCUGAUCAGGAACUUCAGCGUGCCGGCAGCCUGCUUCUCCCUGCCGCCCACCUCCCGGCAGCUGCUGCACCAGCUGGACAUGGCCCAACUCAUCAUCCUGGGCCUCUGCACCAUUAUGACACUGCUGUCGGUUGUGAUCUAUGUGGAAGAGGUUUUGUACCUCACCCGCAAGAUCCGCUGCCCCAUCAAGAUGAAGACCCUCUGCUGGAGCAGCUCAGCCCCCACGGUUGUGUCGGUGGUCAGCUGCUUCGGCCUGUGGUUCCCACGCUCCAUGAUGGUGGUGGAGAUGGCUACCACGGCGUACUUCGCUGUCUGCUUCUACCUGCUGAUGCUGGUCAUGGUGGAGGGAUUUGGCGGGAAGGAAGCGCUGCUCAGCACUCUGAAGGACGUGCCCAUGGUGGUCAGCACUGGGCCCUGCUGCUGCUGCUGCCCCUGCCUGCCCCGAAUCACCAUGAACAGGAAAAAGCUUAAAUGGAUGAUGCUGGGGACUUUCCAGUAUGCCUUCUUCAGGGCAGUCGCUGUCUUCCUGGGGCUGAUCCUGGCUGCCGAUGGGAAUUACAACCCUGCUGACAUUUCAGAGGAGAGCGUGGCCCUCUGGAUCAACACCUUGGUUGGCGUCUCCACCCUCUUUGGGCUGUGGGCCCUCGGCAUCCUCUUCCGGCAGGCCCGGCUGCACCUGGCUGAGCAGAACAUGCAGGCCAAGUUCACCUGCUUCCAGAUCCUGCUCCUCCUGACGGCGCUCCAGCCUGCCAUCUUCAGCAUCCUGGCCAACAACGGCAGCAUCGCCUGCUCGCCACCCUUCUCCUCCAAGGCCAGGUCACAGCAGAUGAACGUACAGCUGCUGAUCCCGCAGACCUUCAUCCUGGCGGUGCUGACGCGGAUGUACUACCGCAAGCAGGAUGACAAGCCAGGCUACCAGCCUGUCAGCUUCGCACCCGCAGGCGCCGACGUCAAGGCGUGAGCAGGAGGGAGAAACUGGGGUGCCAAGGGGCAGAGUGAGGUGAGGGGCUGGUCUACCCUGCAUAACCUUCUCCUACUCCCGUGGCCCUGGGGAGCUGCUGGCAGCAGAAGAGGCAGAAGGGGAAAGGGCAUCUUGGGACAGAAUGAAACAGUCUGAAACCUAAAAGCCGUAAACCAAGGGGGUCCAUGGAGCUGCCUCCAGCCCUGAGGCUGUUGUCUAACACUGAGUAAAGAUAAAUUUUUACUUGA